AUGGACGUACUAUCCGCCGAUUGCGCCAACAGGUGGUACCACAAUCACCAACUUCUUUCCGGGGCAAGUCAUCCGACAUCAGCUGAAGCUUUGCAAUAUGCGCAAAAUGAUGUGAUGGCGGCGUAUCUCGAAGCACUGAUCCAGAUUCCGGGAGUAAACUCCUUAGGAGUCACCACCACUGUCACCUAUUCACCAGACGAGAUCUCCAAUUGCUACACUAAUCAGCCAAUUCCAGGCGGAACAAAGAUUGGCUACCUCGCCGGUGGCGCCGUCACACAAAUAGCCAUUGUAACCCAGCAACAAGCCACAGCCACAACUUGUCCACUGUCCACAACUAUGAUUCAAGCUGGCAUCGGGCCGUAUCAAGAAUACACCAAAACACUUACGGUGUCGACCCGUGGCGGAACAACGCUGACUCGAUACACCUGGGAGCGAGUCCUGUCGCAAUUUCAGAGCACUCUCAACCUCAGAUAUCAAGCA